AUGCCCGUGAUUAGCCUCCUCUCGCCUCUCCGCGCGGCCUCCUCUCGCCUCUCCGCGCGGCCUCCUCUCGCCUCUCCGCGCGGCCUCCUCUCGCCUCUCCGCGCGGCCUCCUCUCACCUCUCCGCGCGGCCUCCUCUCGCCUCCCCGCGCCGUCUCCUCUCGCCUCCCCGCGCGGCCUCCUCUCGCCUCUCCGCGCGGCCUCCUCUCGCCUCCUCUCGCCACUCCGCGCGGCCUCCUCUCGCCUCUCCGCGCGGUCUCCUCUCGCCUCUCCGCGCGGCCUCCUCUCGCCUCCCCGCGCGGCCUCCUCUCGCCUCUCCGCGCGGCCUCCUCUCCCGUCCCUUUGCCCUCGCUACCUCCUCCCAUCGCCAUCACUUCCCCCUCCCGUCGCCCUCUCUUCCCCCUCCCAUCGCCCUCGCUUCCCCCUCCCAUCGCCCUCGCUUCCCCCUCCCAUCGCCCUCGCUUCCCCCUCCCAUCGCCCUUGAUUCCCCCUCCCGUCGCCCUUGCUUCCCCCUCCCGUCGCCCUCGCUUCCCCCGCCCAUCGCUAGUCCACUUGCGCCAUCUUCGCUGGUUCACUUGCGCCAUCUGUCAGUGUGGGGCAGCAGCAUCACCAACGCCUCUGCGCCGCUGCUCCCAUUUCCCCCACUCCCACCAUCCUCUUUCCACCCCCGCCUCUCCCCCUUCGCCUGCAGUCGCUCGUUCACUUGCGCCAUCUGUCAGUGUGGGGCAGCAGCAUCACCAACGCCUCUGCGCCGCUGCUCCCUUUUCCCCCACUCCCACCAUCCUCUUUCCACCCCCGCCUCUCCCCCUUCCCCUGCAGUUGCUCGUUCACUUGCGCCAUCUGUCAGUGUGGGGCAGCAGCAUCACCAGCGCCUCUGCCUCGCUGCUCCUCGCCUUCCCCCGCCUGCUCUCCGCCAACCUCGCCUGGACUGCCCUCUCCCACCUCCCCGCCCACCCCUCCCUCACCGCCCUCCACCUCUCCCACUGCCCCCUGCUUUCCAUUGGCUUCCCUCUCCCCUCCUCCUCAUCCUCUCCCUCCGCCUCCAAUCCUUCCACCUCUCACUCCUCCUCCUCUUCCUCCUUCCCCCUCACUCAUCUGGUUCUCUCUGGUGCCUCAAUCGCUCCUCCCUCCUCCCUCUUCCCUCCUCUCCUCCUCGCCUUCCUCACUCACCUCACCUCGACCCCUCUACUGCUGCUGUCCCUGACGCCCUUCUGUUACACCUCGCCCACUCCCUUCCCCACACGGUACGUUAG